AUGGGAGCUCAUCACACCCUGGAAAUUGAGCUGAACAACAAGCUGACUUUGGGCAAGGAGAGAUGGGACGCCAUGCACCUCCAAGAGCUGGAUGAAGCAACAGAUGUUCACAAAACCUCUGAGGUUGCUGUUCUGCUCAUGGAGGCGGGUCUGGCGAAUUUCCACCUCCUCACAGCGGUCUUGGCCAAAGAUGUACACCGAGUCUCGGUGGCGCUGCCAAAGAAACGCGCCACAACCACCAACUACGACAAGGCCUUGGUGCGAUUCUUCGAGCAGGUCUACCAAGGCAUCAAAGACCAUGUGAAUCUGGACCUGGUGAAGUGUGUCUUGCUUGCCGGCCCUGGAUUUGUCAAGGAUGACUUCUUGUCCUGGAUGAUUCAGAAGGCCACACAAUCAGGGGACACUUUGGUGCUGCAAAAGAAGAGCAACUUCGUGUCGGUCCACGCAUCCUGCGUGCACAAGCAAGCACUAAAGGAGUUGCUUUCGGAUGAGCAGGUUCAAAAGAGCAUAGCGAAUACAAAGGCCGCUGCACAUUUAAAGGCAUUGGAAGAAUUCUAUGUCAUGGUGCAGAGAGAGCCUGAUCGCGUUUGCUACGGCCCCAAGCAAGUCUUUGAAGCCAUUGAGAAGUGUGCGGUGCAGACACUCAUGGUGGUGGACUCGCUCUUCCGAAAUGCGAAUGUGAAGCUGAGAAGACAGUACGUGGACAUGGUCGAAAACGCGAGAGAUCAGGGAGCCACCUGUCAGAUCUUCUCCUCACAACAUGUGAGUGGCGAGCAGCUGCAGAAACUCAGUGGCAUCGCUGGUGUCUUGCGCUUUCCCCUGCCCGAGAUCGGCGACAUCGACAGUGACGCUGGUCUGAGCGACGCUGGAGCUGACGACGAUGGACAGAAGGGCCAGGAGUUGGACGUGGAUGACUUCAUGUGA